AUGAAUGAGAUAUGGACGACUGGUCCCACAGCUGCUGGUUCCUUGUCAGAUCCUACUGCUGCAGCAGAAAAAGGCAAGGAGAAAAAGGCAAGGAGAAAAAGGCAAGGAGAAAAAGGCAAGGAGAAAAAGGCAAGGAGAAAAAGGCAAGGAGAAAAAGGCAAGGAGAAAAAGGCAAGGAGAAAAAGGCAAGGAGAAAAAGGCAAGGAGAAAAAGGCAAGGAGAAAAAGGCAAGGAGAAAAAGGCAAGGAGAAAAAGGCAAGGAGAAAAAGGCAAGGAGAAAAAGGCAAGGAGAAAAAGGCAAGGAGAAAAAGGCAAGGAGAAAAAGGCAAGGAGAAAAAGGCAAGGAGAAAAAGGCAAGGAGAAAAAGGCAAGGAGAAAAAGGCAAGGAGAAAAAGGCAAGGAGAAAAAGGCAAGGAGAAAAAGGCAAGGAGAAAAAGGCAAGGAGAAAAAGGCAAGGAGAAAAAGGCAAGGAGAAAAAGGCAAGGAGAAAAAGGCAAGGAGAAAAAGGCAAGGAGAAAAAGGCAAGGAGAAAAAGGCAAGGAGAAAAAGGCAAGGAGAAAAAGGCAAGGAGAAAAAGGCAAGGAGAAAAAGGCAAGGAGAAAAAGGCAAGGAGAAAAAGGCAAGGAGAAAAAGGCAAGGAGAAAAAGGCAAGGAGAAAAAGGCAAGGAGAAAAAGGCAAGGAGAAAAAGGCAAGGAGAAAAAGGCAAGGAGAAAAAGGCAAGGAGAAAUAGGCAAGGAGAAAUAGGCAAGGAGAAAAAGGCAAGGAGAAAAAGGCAAGGAGAAAAAGGCAAGGAGAAAAAGGCAAGGAGAAAAAGGCAAGGAGAAAAAGGCAAGGAGAAAAAGGCAAGGAGAAAAAGGCAAGGAGAAAAAGGCAAGGAGAAAAAGGCAAGGAGAAAAAGGCAAGGAGAAAAAGGCAAGGAGGAGAAGGCAAGGAGGAGAAGGCAAGGAGGAGAAGGCAAGGAGGAGAAGGCAAGGAGGAGAAGGCAAGGAGGAGAAGGCAAGGAGGAGAAGGCAAGGAGGAGAAGGCAAGGAGGAGAAGGCAAGGAGGAGAAGGCAAGGAGGAGAAGGCAAGGAGGAGAAGGCAAGGAGGAGAAGGCAAGGAGAAGGCAAGGAGAAGGCAAGGAGAAGGCAAGGAGAAGGCAAGGAGAAGGCAAGGAGAAGGCAAGGAGAAGGCAAGGAGAAGGCAAGGAGAAGGCAAGGAGAAGGCAAGGAGAAGGCAAGGAGAAGGCAAGGAGAAGGCAAGGAGAAGGCAAGGAGAAGGCAAGGAGAAGGCAAGGAGAAGGCAAGGAGAAGGCAAGGAGAAGGCAAGGAGAAGGCAAGGAGAAGGCAAGGAGAAGGCAAGGAGAAGGCAAGGAGAAGGCAAGGAGAAGGCAAGGAGAAGGCAAGGAGAAGGCAAGGAGAAGGCAAGGAGAAGGCAAGGAGAAGGCAAGGAGAAGA